UCACAUGCUCUCUCCCUCACAUCUCAUCACAAACAAACCGAAGCAAAAGGCAAGCAUUGUGAAAAUUAAGAGAGUCUGAAACAAUGUCUGGGAUCAUCCACAAGAUUGAGGAGACCUUCCAUGGGCACAAGAAUGAGGAGCACAAAGGGGAGCAUCACAAAGGAGAACACAAAGGGGAACACCAUGGUGAACACAAAGGGGAACAUCAUGGGGAGCACAAGGAGGGUUUUAUGGACAAGGUGAAGGACAAGAUCCAUGGUGAUGGAGAACACAAGGGUGAGAAAAAGAAGAAGGAGAAGAAGAAGAAGCACGAGCAUGGACAUGAGCAUCAUGGUCAUGACAGCAGCAGCAGCGACAGUGAUUAAAUCUUAAUAUGUUAAGCAGGUGUAUGGUACUAUGGUAGUGAGGACCAGAGUCCCUUCUUUCCCUUCUAUUAUGAUGUACUAAUGAAAUAAUGUGUUGAUCUAUUUAUGUAUGUGGUCAAUGUAAAACGUACACCGCUUUGGUUUGGCUUGGUCGUUGUAUGUUAGAUGAAGAAAUAAAUAUUCUGUUUAGUUAAUCUUUC